GAAUGUCUGUCUAUAUAAUGCUACACUCGCUUCCAUUUCCCUUCCUCUUUGAAUUCCUCACGUUCCUAGUUUCACUUACGCCUCAACGCAGCAGCACAAAGAUAUGGAGACCUUUCUCUUCACCUCCGAAUCUGUAAAUGAAGGUCACCCUGACAAGAUCUGUGACCAGGUUUCGGAUGCCAUCCUUGAUGCUUGUUUGGAGCAAGACCCGGAGAGCAAGGUUGCCUGUGAGACCUGUACAAAAACCAACAUGGUUAUGGUCUUUGGUGAGAUCACAACCAAGGCAAAUGUGAACUAUGAGAAAAUAGUUCGAGACACUUGCAGAGGCAUUGGGUUCGUUUCAGCUGAUGUCGGUCUUGAUGCUGACAACUGCAAAGUUCUGGUCAAGAUUGAGCAACAGAGCCCUGAUAUUGCCCAAGGAGUUCAUGGUCACAUGACUAAAAAGCCUGAGGAAAUUGGUGCUGGUGACCAGGGACACAUGUUUGGCUAUGCCACAGAUGAAACACCUGAGCUAAUGCCACUUACUCAUGUCCUUGCUACUAAACUUGGUGCCAAGCUCACUGAAGUUAGAAAGAACAAAACAUGCCCAUGGGUGAGACCUGAUGGAAAAACUCAGGUUACUGUUGAGUACAAGAAUGAUAAUGGAGCCAUGAUCCCGAUUCGUGUGCACACUGUCCUCAUCUCAACACAACAUGAUGAAACUGUCACCAAUGACAAGAUAGCCAGCGAUUUGAAGGAGCAUGUAAUAAAACCUGUCAUCCCAGCUAAAUACCUUGAUGACAAGACUAUCUUCCACCUCAACCCUUCUGGUCGUUUUGUGAUUGGUGGACCCCAUGGAGAUGCAGGGCUAACUGGCCGUAAGAUCAUCAUUGACACCUAUGGUGGUUGGGGUGCUCAUGGUGGAGGUGCCUUCUCCGGCAAGGACCCAACCAAGGUCGAUAGGAGUGGUGCAUACAUUGUUAGGCAAGCAGCGAAAAGUGUGGUAGCUUCAGGGCUUGCUCGACGCUGUCUUGUGCAGGUUUCUUAUGCAAUUGGAGUCCCAGAGCCACUCUCUGUUUUUGUAGACACCUACAAAACAGGAAAGAUUCCAGACAAGGACAUAUUAGCUCUAAUUAAGGAAAAUUUUGACUUCAGGCCAGGAAUGAUUGCCAUCAAUCUUGACCUCAUGAGAGGAGGCAACUUCAGGUACCAGAAGACUGCUGCUUACGGACAUUUCGGACGUGACGAUCCUGAUUUCACUUGGGAGACGGUGAAGAUGCUCAAGCCCAAGGCUUGAUGAGAUAGCCAGAUUACAGGUGGUUAUCAUCGCAGCCAUCUUUCAGACUUUGGGUAAACAAGAAAAUAAAAGGAGCUUCAAUGCGUACCUCUUAUUGAAGAUUACGUUUCACAGUUUGAUGAGGAACGAGGGUUAGAUAUGCUUCUUAGUCGGAUACAUUAGUAAAAUAGGAGUUUGCAGCAUUAGCUGCCUCUUUUUUUUCGGUUUUACCACUUCAAAUUUCUUAAAUCGUUACCGAUUCUUUUCCCAUUUCUGCUGUUGAUUGUUUUGCAGCCAAUCUCGUGUAGUUGGUGUAAACUUAAGAUGCUAUCUACGUGAUAUAUUUUUUUUUUAUCAA